GGCCUGAUCAAUGAGGUAAUCGGGGUAAACAGUAAAGAUGGCGUCGUCUGUAGCCGGAGAGGGGCAACCAAGUCUAAAUGGGAUUAUAUGCGACCCUCAGACCAAAAAUCUGACCGAUCUGCCAACCGAGUUGCUCGAACACAUCCUGUGCUUCCCUGUCCUCAAACACGUCGACAUUUGUAACGUCUCCUGCUGCUGCAAGCGGCUUCACGACGUGUGCCAUGGAAGGGGAAAGGUCUGGGGACACCAGUACAAACUCAGAUGGCCAAGACUGCAGAGGUAUUACCGUCAGAACGAGGGCUGCGACUGGCUCAAAGAAUACAAAACACGGCAUAGAGUUGGAAUACAAAUAAGAAGGACGGUUGAAUCAAUCUCAAAGAGGUUCUUCACAGAAGUUCCUUGCGUUGGCCAGGUGCUGGGAGACAGCUUUGCAGAGAUUGAGUCACUCGGGAUGCCGGAGCACUUCUGUGAAGACGAGCUCCUCUUCAUCCUCAACUCAGACAAAAGGAAAAGCCUGACGCUGAAGUACUAUGCAAAGAAAAUCCUUUACUUCCUGAGACAGCAGAACAUCCUGAAGAGUUUGAAGAGUUUUCUGGAACAGCCUUCAGAGCAGCAGUCUGCUUUAGCAGGUGCUGUACUGGUGGAUCAGUAUUGUAACCCACUAGCUGAUAUAACUCUGAGCAGCAUAUCAGCCCAGCUGGAUGAGAUCACAGAGAAAGUGAAGAAGAUGCUGAGAAUCAAGAACCCCUCUCACCCCAGCUUGCGCAUCGCUCAAGGUGACUGUUUGGUCGUAGGGGACUUUGAGCAACAGAGGCAACUGGUGUGUGCUCUCAACUCCGUCUUAUACGAGCAGCUUCAGUACAAAGGCAACGAGUUCGACUACUACAACCCUCUCAACUCUUACAUCCACCAGGUGCUACUACGCCAUACAGGCAUUCCCAUCAGCCUCUCUGUUCUCUACAUGACGUUAGCUCAGAAGCUGGGGGUUCAGCUGGAACCUGUCAACUUCCCCAAUCACUUCUUGUUGCGUUGGUGCCAAAAGCCAAGAGGGAGUGAGGACAUCUAUGACUUCGUCUACAUCGAUGCCUUUGGUAAAGGCAAACAGCUGACUGCCAAGGAGUGCGAGUACCUGAUUGGCCACCAGGUGACAGCAGAUUACUACAGUGCCAUCAGCACCACAGAGGUGCUGCUGAGGAUGGUGGGGAACCUGCUGAACAUCGGCAAGAGAGGGGAGGGUAAUGAGAAAUCCUACCAGCUGCUGAGAGACUCUCUGGACCUCUACCUCACUAUCAACCCAGAUAAUGUGCAGUACCUGCUGCUGCAGGCUCGCCUCUAUUUCCACCUGGGUAUCUGGCCAGAAAAGGUGCUAGACAUCCUGCAGCACAUCCAGGCGUUGGACCCCUCUCAGCACGGAGCCGUGGGUUACCUGGUGCAGCACACCCUGGAGCACAUCCAGCACAAGAAACAUCCCGUCACACCUGAGGUGAAGAAGCGGAGUGCUCCAGAACACCUGGAGGUCCAGUAUUCAGUGGGUCUCAUCAUGAAACACAAGAGGUCAGGGUACAACUGCGUGAUCUAUGGCUGGGACCCAAAAUGCACCAUGAGCCAGGAGUGGAUCACCACCAUGAGGGUGCAACAGCUGUCCAAUGGGGCCAACCAGCCUUUCUACAACGUCCUUGUCCAGGAUGGCACCUGUCGCUAUGCAGCACAGGAGAACCUGGAGCCACACUCAGCCCCCCUGGAGAUCGGCCACCCGGAGGUGGGACGCUACUUCUCCGAGUUCACCGACACCCACUACGCUGCCAACGAGGAGCUGCAGACACGAUACCCCGAGGACAUGGAUGAGACUCUGGGCACGGUGCGGGAGUUUUACCACAGACUCACACCUGGCUCUGUGAACCAGGACCAGGCUGCAGCCUCAGACCAAAACAUCCACCAAGCCAUGCCCAUGUAGCAGAACAGCUGUGUCCAGCACUUGACUAACAAAUCACCCACUGGUCACCCAUUCUCAAUUUACUAUCCACUUAACUGUUGUUUGUUUCAAAUACUUGAGAUCAGGAGAUGUGAAGCCGAAGGGGGUUUUGUACAAAUCAGCAGGGACACCGUGUUGUCAUGAUGUCAUUUAAAAAUGUGGCUUUGCACCACAGCAGAGUUCCUGUGCAGGUAUUUAGGGAUUUGUUUUUAUGUUUUUAUUUCUUGAAAAGCUUGGAAACUUUGGACAUUUUACUGCUGUUUAGAUACACAACGCAUAAAACCAAAAUGUUCUUAGUGUGAAAACAAAGCUCAAACUAUGGAGUGUUAAAGUAAGUUCACACUUUGAGGAAGUAUACUUGAUUUCAACAGUUAAGUGGACAUGUAGGGUGAGGAUGGGUGUCUAGGUGCUGUAUAUCUCCCUUUACCUAGGAAUGAUCCUUUACCCACAGAACCCCGCACACAGCACCAGUCUGAUAACCUCCAGCAUAUAGUCCAACCCCUCUGAAUUACAGUUACAGUGCCACAGAAGAGACUAUGAGGAAGAACUUUGUAAAUUUGACUUAACUCUCCAUCUUUGAAUCAGUUUCAUGCACUUAUGAAAGUUCAGCUUUCACAUUUCUAGAUAAUCUGUUUUUUUUCUCUGUAUAUUUACAAGUGAAACAUGUAGGAUGUCAAGCUCAUGGAAACACAAAAAAAGAAGAACACCACUGACUUGAAGUGACUCUGAGCUUUGAGGAAAUCACAAAAAAUAAAGCAGUUCAAGUUUU